AUGGACAAGCAUCUACUCAAAUGAACAUGGUGGUCGACAGCCAGGUAGAUAGGCCGGUGGAAGGAAUAUCAUGGUCCAAUGUGCUGAGGCAAAUUCGAGCACGUAGUGAUGGGGAUGAUCUAUUUGGAAAAUGGUUCGCCGAUGCUCGCACGGAGAGGGAAUAUCUUGAGGCAUGUAGUGAACGAUACGAGUAUGGCAUGGCUUCGCAAAUUCAUGACAUGGAGCAGCGUCUGCUUCAACGUAAGUCUAAAGUGCCUUAUGGUAUUGCAGGCGGUUCUCAAUUGCGCCACAAGUAUGAGACUCGUGCUAAUAGCAAAAGGCUGAAAGUGAGAGGCACCAACACUGCUACUGAUGCUAAUGGCAAUGUUACAUCCAAUAGUCGGGUGCAGUGUUCGGAACCCUCGAAAAUAAGCCGAAACGAUGAAAUGUCUGUCAACCAUCAAACUGGACCACGUGCCGGAGGUGCUGGUCCUGGACUUGAAGAUGAGUAUGUGUCUCCUCAAGGGAACACACUCGAGGAUGCUGAAAAUAUGUUUGUGGAAGAGGGGCGUCAUGACUCUCGUGCGAAAGGGGAUGGUUGUCAGGGGGAUUAACCGGGUGACUUUGAUAAAUAUGUGUUAAGUGA